AUGGAGCGCAUUCCGAACAGCGUGGCAACCUCCCACCCGAACCUCUCCUUGACUGCCGGUAAGUCGCCACGCGACUCCCAGCCCAACGUUCAUACCGUCCAGUCGCUCCGCGAGCGCUACCGCGAGACGGUGGUGAUGUCUUUGGCGCUCCCGCUGCUAAUGGCGCUGCUCUGGACUCUAGUCAUGCUCAUGGCAGCCAAGAUCGAUGGCUUUAUCUCGCUGCACUGGGCGCUCGUCCUGGCUCCGCUCGAGCUUGUGGUCCUCCUCCUCCCAUUCGCCCGCACCAUCGACCGGUUCUACAUCGGCGUGAACCACAAGCCGAGGCGCGUCCGCUGGUGGGUGGUGAGCGAGAGCCUGGCGGGUUGCUUGGCCUUGGCAGUCGCCGGCUGGGUUGUGGCCAUCGGAGCACGCGUCGAAGGUGACAUCACCUGGCCCUGGUCUGCUCUCCUGCUUCCCAUUUAUCUCCUCGUCAUGGGCUUUCUCGCUCUCAACUGCGCCUGGUGUGUCGACGUCGGCUGGGAUCGAACCUUGCACGACUCGGGCUGGCAUCGCGUGACAGGCAUCCAAACCCUAAUGGCGGCGACCACCAUGGCCCUCGCUCUGCCUACCUUUAUUGUUUUCCUUGGCCUCAAACUCCACGGCACUGUGGCGUGGAACUGGUGGCUGGUCUUUGCUCCGCUCCUGAUCGCGAUGGCUGUCCCUGUCAUCGGUCUCAUCGGCUACGAGAUCGACCUUUACUUUGAUGGCAGCUCCCAGAUGGGUACGUACUUUGCCACCUGCCUGGCCUUUGCCCUCCCGCUCUUUGUCUUUGUUACCCUCGUCGCCGCUCUUGCAGCCAAGCCCGGCGCCUUCUCGGCCUUUGUCCUCUUUGUCCCGCUCUACCCUACCAUGCUCGGUGAGCUGCCUGACAGCUACUCUUCAGAUUUGGACUCGGACGAGGGGCUGCUAGUCCGGGGAGAGUACCCGGCGUGUCCUGUCCGUCGACAUGCCCUCUACCUCGAGAUCCGAGUCCCGUCUCGCAUCAAUGCCAUCGCCGGCAUGCUGGAGGGGGGGCUGCCAAGCAGAGGCCGGGGCGAGAGUGCGGACGAGUUCUUUGUCGACAGCGACGAUGAGUGCGAUGCGGAAGCCGACGUCGCGACCGGCAACGUCACCAUUGCACAACUUCCCGCCGAGCUGAUGGUCGAGAUCUUCGCGCACCUUGAUCUCAUCUCCCUUGUGCGCUGCAGCGCAGUGAGCGUGCGCUGGCGGAAGUGGUCGCGGGAGCCGUGGCUGUGGCAGCCAUUCCUCAGCUGGGAUGGCAUGCAAGCGGCGAUCGUGGCUGUAGGCAUGGCUCCGGCACCGCCGCGGACCUCGAUCAUGGCGCAGAUAUGCAUAGAGCCGAUGCAGCACGAGAAAGGACACUGCUACGCCGCCCGCUUUAUGCGCGCCCGCAAGCAGCAACGCGCGCAGAACCGGAUUGAUCUGCUGGCGACGAAGCGGCGCCAGGCGGCCCAGGGGUUUGCCUCGCAGAGUGCGGUACUGAUCAAGAGGCGCCAGCACGAGGAGAUCAAGCGACGUAGGACUCUGGCAAAGUGCGUUGUUGUUGGCGUAACUCUUGCGUUGAUCUGGCUGACGGUUGUGCUGGCAAUGGGCAAGAUGGGUGGCAUGAUCAGGCUAGGAUGGUGGGUGGUGCUGCUCCCGCUGGCAACAGUGAGCCUCAUCCCACCGUGCAUUCCUCCCAUUCAGCAGUGGUACAUUGCGCGGAAGUCGAAGCACGUGAGGAUGGGUGUGAGCUGGUUGGUGGCCGAGGCGAUGGUGACAGCAGUCUGCGUCGUGGUAGCCAGCUGGAUCGCGGCGGUCGGACUCCGCGCCGACGGUAUCGUGACCUGGAGCUGGCCGGUAGUUCUCAUCCCACUGUACCUGAUGACGCUUGCGGCCCUCAUCACCCUUGUAGCUCUCUGGCGAGGCGACGGUGUGUGGCGCGUCCGGAACUGGCACGGGCGACGGGAUCGGUGGGUUGGUGCAAGCAUGGUGGCCUCGACCGCGAUCCAAGCCGUGUUGCUCCCGCUCGGCGUCGUCUUUCUGGCACUACGACUUGGCGAGGUGGUGGCGUGGACGUGGUGGAUAGCACUCGCGCCGCUGCUCGGCUUCUUUACAGCUCCAAUGCUCGGCAUGCUGGCGAUUGAAGCCGGCGGGUACUGCGCGUACAGGAGGAGAAAGCCGGGAGGAUUCUGGGCAGUGUGGGCAACGUGCGGCCCAGCUCCACUGCUCGUCUUUACCGCGCUUGCUGCCGCCAAGGCCGAGAAUCCCACCUCGAUCUCGGCCAGCGUCCUCUUCUUCCCGCUUGGAUGCAGCCUCUUCGCCAUGAGCGCCGCAGCAUGCACGAUCCUCUCCCGCGAUCUGAGCAUCCAGUGCACUGUCCUGUCAACAUUGCAAGAGCCGAAAUACGUCCUGGAUGGAAGCGAGAGGCAUCCAUGGGGCGUGCUGAUCUGAACUGAUCUGGUUUCUGGUCCGGCCUUGGACCUCGGUAGGAAGAGGGCCUCGAGAAGACCGGUCACGGGCGUCAGUCUUGCGGCAGCACAUCCCCAUCAAAAACGUUCCCAUCAUCACAGC